AUGGAGAUACCGUCUCAUCGACAUACAUCUAGAACCUCAAGCCGUGCUCGACAAACGCAGGCGCUGGGUUCACAGGUUCCCAAAGCUCGGGGAGCUGGUAGGUCAGGCCCACGCCGUCGAACGGGCUGCUUGACAUGCAGAGCUCGUAAAGUGCGCUGCGACGAAACAAAACCGAGCUGUGCAAACUGCGAUCGCUUACGAUUAGGCUGCGUUUAUAAACCUCCCAUCGCCCUCGGUGACUCGUGGGCUUCCUCUCCGCGCCAAUCCAACCACUCCCCCUCUGCGGCGCAUUUCGCUCCCCAGACUUCUCCAUCGCCAGCCGUUAGCACCAUCCAAGUAUCGGCGCCGUCCGCUGCAGCCGUUGCUGCUGUUGUGGCAGCUGCGGGUGACUCGCAGCGCUCUCCAGACUUAACUUUCUUCAAUACGGUGCUUCGCUCGGACGAUCGUCAUCGAACUAUUCCCGCGCCAGCACCACCUACACAAAGACUGCCCACAGAAUCAGAUCCAUACCCGGAACUUGGGGGACCAUUCGAUAUGCUGGGAUUUAUGGGAGGAAUCACCUCGGAGUUGGAACAAAAACAUCUUGAUCUGACGAGUGGAUUGGCGGGAUUCACAGGAAGUCCAGCAUCCCAAACGCUACCAGCAGGUACUAGGGAAGGCACUUCAGAGGAAGGACAGCUUCAUACAGAGAGAACAUCGCCGCUCAGCCCAGAUGCAUCGUCAUCAAUGGUAGACGGAAUGUCUAUUGGGAGCGCUUCAGAUGUGGGUACCACACGGGGUAGCUGGUCCGACCCUGGCACUACUUCAUAUGAAGAGCAGCUGCUACAACAUUUCUUGGUGGCAGAUCCGCCAGCCGGUGUAUUUGCGCCGGUAUCCAUGGAGUGGAAAUAUGUACGACCUGCUGUGCUAGCGUAUGGACGAGAUUUCAGCCCACUUUUGAAUGCGUUGUACUGCUAUUCAGAUAUUCAUAAGACUGUUACCACUGGAGGAAAACGAUGGCGCUGGGCGCCUACAUAUUAUCGAGUAGCUAGCGCAGAGAUUCAAUCAUGUCUUCUUGGGGACGUGAAUGAGUCAACUUUGGUCAAAGUCUUUGCUGCUGUUUUCUUCUUGAUGCUGUCUGAGCUUUUCUCAUCCCCUGAAUUAUGCGCCCCAGGCACAUCCUACCUACACUCCGCAUACCUUUUACUGCAGCGAUUUGAUAACCGCACAAGGAACUGGAAGGGACUUGGGAAACUCACAGUGUCUUGGAUAUCGCUCUUGGAUGUGAAAUCCUUAAUCGCAGGCCGUGAGGGUGACCCGUUGAUUGAACUAGGAAAUAUCUCUGAUCAAGGGUCACGUCCAAAGUCACUUCAGGUGCUAGGAUUACAUGCUUCCCGUACAUCACCAGCUGAGGAACAAAAAGAGGACGACGAUGCUGAAAAUAGUUUCCGCAGUCCAAGCUUUCUGGUCUACGAAGCGAUUGUCGGUCCAGCGUUUCAGUUCUUCGUACAGGCGCAACAGGUUGUCCGACGUAUCGUUUCCAUCGAUCUCCACCACCGCAGCCGUGGGACUCUCAGCGAUGAAUUCGAGGUCCUUCAGAUUGCCCACAAAGUUGGCGCAGAUCUUGAAACACUCUGGCAUCGCAGGCCCUCGGUGAUCGAUGUAUACGGACACCCAGAGGCAUUGACAGAUACACUCUGUGCACCUGUAGCCCUGGAAGUCUGCCGCACAUUCCGCCAAUAUGUAGCCAGCUUUUUGGCCAAUUUUAUCUAUUUACAUCGCGUUGCAUUUGCCAUUUAUCCCCGUACUGACCGGGUCAAUGGUGCUGUGAACCAAAUUAUUCAGUUGGCUACCGUUGAAUCAGCAGGAGCUGAACAGGAGCAUCUCCCAGUCAGUUUUCUCUGGCCAUUAUUCAUUGCUGGCUUGGAAGGAUCUCAAGAACAACGUCAAUGGGUUGUCCAGGAGAUGCAGCGGAUGGCAUCUGCUCGUGAGAAUGAACCGUCUACUUUGCUUACCCGACAUCCCUCUGCCGAUAAGGUUCUUUUAUUAUUGGAGGAAAUGACUCGACGACAAGAUGCAUCACGUACUUGGGCGGACUCACGGUGUGUGCGACGAGAGAUAUUUUCCGACUUUUUCAUUCCGAUUUGA